AUGCACACAGCUGCCAUUUCUACGGACGAGAACACUCUGGUCACGUUCCGAGCCACCUCCUCAGCUUCGGGCUCGGCUCUCUCGUACAGGUACCAUAUUCUCAGCAAUUCUUGGGAUCAAUCUGUAGUCAAGGUUCAAAACCCUACUAAAGAGGGCGUUCGUGCCGUUCAAGAUCCUGUUUCUGGUCUCGUCUAUCUAGCGGGAGGAUAUCAGAGCGAUGAUUCACAGAUGUACGUCUACAACAUCGACACAGACACCAUGACCAUGCUCUCCAUGCCUAGUAAUUAUAUGGUAGACAGACUGUUUUAUGCAGGCGUUUACCUCAAAAGCCGUAGAAGCAUCAUCUACUUUGGCGGAACGGCAAACAACAACCAAUCCAGUCAGAAUGUGAUUUCCGAGUUCACACCGAGUAAUGGAGGCUGGCUAACCCUCAAUACCAGCGGUCAAAGUCCACCACACAGGGUAGACCAUUGUAUGGCUGCAAGCGACGAUAGCAGUAAGGUGGUUGUAUUCGGCGGUCGAUUCGAUAAUGGUACGUUUGCCAGAGACCUUUGGAUCUUGGAUGUUUCCUCUCUCACAUGGACACAGGGAGAUCCUUGGUUUGAGCCCAGAACUGCAACUACAUGUACUGUCGCUGGUUCAAUAUUCUUAGCAUGGGGUGGGAAUAACGGUCAGCGGACCGUAGACGGUACCAUCGUCCUUUACGAUCUGAACAGUGGUCAGUACAUCUCAUCCUACACCCCUCCAUCUUACUACGCCAAUGGUGCUACUAAUAAUGGGUACGGCGGGUCUGCUGGAUUACCAAACGACAGCCCCAAUCACGUCCGAAGGAAACGGAAGCAAUGGUAAUUCUUCAUCAAACCCCAUGGAUGAUCAUAAGACAACAUUAUCGCUAAUGGUGAUUGGCGGUAUCAUUGGAACGGUCCUCUUGAUUGCUUGUGUGACUCUGGUGAGUGUAUU